GGGUUGCGGGCCCUGAGCGCGGGCGGCGGGCGCGCACCAUGAACUCGUGGGACGCGGGUCUGGCGGGGCUGCUGGUGGGCACGAUGGGCGUCUCGCUGCUGUCCAACGCGCUGGUGCUGCUCUGCCUCCUGCACAGCGCCGACAUCCGCCGCCAGGCGCCGGCGCUCUUCACCCUCAACCUCACGUGCGGCAACCUGCUGUGCACCGUGGUCAACAUGCCGCUCACGCUGGCCGGCGUCGUGGCGCAGCGGCAGCCGGCCGGGGACCGCCUGUGCCGCCUGGCCGCCUUCCUCGACACCUUCCUGGCCGCCAACUCCAUGCUCAGCAUGGCCGCGCUCAGCAUCGACCGCUGGGUGGCCGUGGUCUUCCCGCUGAGCUACCGCGCCAAGAUGCGCCUCCGCGACGCUGCGCUCAUGGUGGCUUACACGUGGCUGCACGCGCUCACCUUCCCCGCUGCCGCGCUCGCCCUGUCCUGGCUCGGCUUCCACCAGCUGUACGCGUCCUGCACGCUGUGCAGCCGGCGGCCGGACGAGCGCCUGCGCUUCGCCGUCUUCACGGGCGCCUUCCACGCGCUCAGCUUCCUGCUCUCCUUCGUCGUGCUCUGCUGCACAUACCUCAAGGUGCUCAAGGUGGCCCGCUUCCACUGCAAGCGCAUCGACGUGAUCACCAUGCAGACGCUCGUGCUGCUCGUGGACAUCCACCCCAGUGUGCGGGAACGCUGUCUGGAGGAACAGAAGAGGAGGCGGCAGCGCGCCACCAAGAAGAUCAGCACCUUCAUAGGGACCUUCCUUGUGUGCUUCGCACCCUAUGUGAUCACCAGGCUGGUGGAGCUGUCCUCCACGGUGCCCAUCGGCUCCCACUGGGGAGUGCUCUCCAAGUGCUUGGCCUACAGCAAGGCCGCGUCCGACCCCUUCGUGUACUCCUUACUGCGACACCAAUACCGCAAAAGCUGCAGAGAGAUUCUCAACAGGCUCCUCAACAGGCGCUCCCUCCGCUCCUCGGGCCUCACAGGAGACUCCCACAGCCAGAACAUCCUGCCGGCCUCCGAGUGAAGGA